GGAUGCAGGAGCAGUGCAGCUAAAGGAACACAGACAGGACAGCUCAGCAGAGAAAGAGAGAGAGGGGGAGAAAGGACAUACAGUCAGACUCUUGCCAGAACAGCAUUUUAGUGGCUAACCACUGAAUCCUCGCAAUGCACCAGAACUGAAAAUCCAACCAACCAGAGGUACCAUGGCUGCAAGAUUGAGAUUGGUGAUCUUUAUGUUGUUGAUGAUGUGUUGUUGGCAACUGAUCACAUCCAAAGAGGGAAAAUCCACAAAGAAAGGAAAGAAAGGCAAGCAAGUUGUCUGUCCAUCCCAGUUGUCCCCAGAAGAUUUGGCCCAGGUUCCAGCUAACUCCACCUCCAACAUCUUGAACCGUCUGAUGGUCAGUUAUGACCCAAGAAUAAGACCUAACUUCCAAGGUAUCCCAGUUGAGUCCAGGGUAAACAUCUUCAUUAAUAGCUUUGGGUCCAUCCAGGAGACAACUAUGGACUACAGAAUAAAUAUAUUUCUUCGUCAGAGAUGGAAUGACCCGCGCCUACGACUUCCAACAGACUUUAAGAGUGAAGCACUAACAGUUGAUCCCAAGAUGUUCCAGUGUUUGUGGAAACCAGACCUUUUCUUUGCCAACGAGAAACAUGCCAACUUCCAUGAUGUCACACAGGACAAUAUUCUGCUCUUCAUCUUUAGGAAUGGAGAUGUCUUGAUCAGCAUGAGAACUGUGGGCAUUGGGUAUACCACCAGUGAUCUUGUGUUUAUGUGGCAGUCUGACCCAGUUCAGAUGGAUGAGAUUGCUCUUCCUCAGUUUGACAUUAAACAAGAGGACAUAAAAUAUGGAAACUGCACAAAGUACUACCAAGGAACAGGAUACUACACCUGUGUUGAAGUGAUUUUUACAUUGCGUCGGCAGGUUGGUUUCUAUUUGAUGGGAGUUUAUGCCCCAACUUUAUUGAUUGUUGUUUUGUCCUGGUUAUCAUUCUGGAUAAACCCUGAUGCUUCAGCUGCAAGGGUGCCACUGGGUAUUUUAUCAGUACUCUCUCUGUCCAGUGAGAGUAUGCUCUUGGCAUCUGAGCUACCAAAGGUUUCCUAUGUAAAGGCUAUUGAUAUUUGGCUCAUCGCCUGUCUGCUUUUUGGGUUUUCUUCACUUGUGGAAUACGCUGUGGUGCAGGUGAUGCUGAACAGCCCCAAACUAAUUGAGGAGGAGAAAACCAAAAUGGCCACCAAGGAAAAAGCUUUGAAAGAGAAAGAAGGAAAGCAGUCAAAUAAAACUAACAACACAGUGAAUGGGACAGGUGGAACACCCAUACAUGUCAACACAUUGCAGGUGGUUGAAACUCGCUGUAAGAAAGUUUGCACCUCUAAGUCGGACCUUCGAUCGAAUGACUUCAGCAUCGUGGGAUCUUUACCUCGAGACUUUGAACUUUCCAACUUUGACUGUUAUGGUAAACCAGUCGAAGUGACAGGAGCCCUCAAGUCCCAAAAUAAAAAUAACAAGAAACCCCCACCCCCCAAACCUGUCAUACCUGCUGCUGCCAAACGCGUUGACCUCUAUGCAAGAGCCCUCUUCCCUUUUUCCUUCCUCUUCUUCAAUGUUGUUUACUGGUCGGUCUAUUUGUGAGAGAGGGAGAGGAGUGGAAAUAAAAUGGUUUGUAUCCUGAUACAUACUGACCAUACUGAUAUUCAUAUUACAUUGAACUGAAAGUAGACAUUGCAAAUUCAAACACACAACUCUACACUGGUAAAAUAAAGAUUUCCAGCAAUUCAUGAUCAUUGAGUAUCACAGACGACUCUGGUCUCUGAGAGUAAGUGUAAAGAGGCACAACUAUAAAGUCUUGGGGCUGUUGUCUUGAGUCCCCUUUGAGCCUAUGCAUGUACUGUACGUAGCAAGCACUGCAUGUAUGUUUCUGUCAUCAUAUUUUGCCUAAUGUGAACUAAACCUUGAUGUGUCUCCACCAAUACCCCUAAGCUGUAUAUUAGAAAUAAAUGCUUUGUAAAGUG